AUGGCCUCUUUCAUGCUAUGUAGCAUAACCAGUUUAUACUUGGUGUUUGUUCCGGGUAUAUUAGUAUCAUCACAGAUAACAUUGUUAUCGGACUUGGACGAUGAGUUUGCUAAUUUAAUUGAUGCCUAUUUCGACAAACAGGCAGUUGUUCCGGUGGAUACGGUCGGAUCGACCAUAGCAGUUACUAUUGACUUUGAUUUAGUUUCUGUCGUCGGUUUUGAAGACGAUACCGGAAGUGCAAUUAUAUCUGGAUAUCUAACAGUUAAAUGGACGGAAGAACGGUUCACAAUUGUCGCAGACGACAUAGAUGUCAGCGUGUCGGCGUCUUCUAUAUGGACACCACCUUUGUUAAUAGUGAACUCCUUGUCGUCUGCUGCUAUUGUAGGAUCAGACGAUGACGUAGUAAAGUUUAAUCUGAAUACAGCUCAAGUAAUUUGGAAACCGCAAAUUUAUACCAAAGUCACGUGUGAUUCAAACGCUUUCUUUCCAUUUGAUAAGCAGGAGUGUUCGAUCCAAAUAUCUUCCCUGAAUUUGGUAGAUACGGAAAUGACAGUCGCAGUUACACAAAGCACUAUAGGAACAACGCUUUAUGUAGGUAAUAGCUUAUGGGAACUUAAAGGAUCGUCUGCAACAAGUUAUAGUGUGCAAUCACAUCCGUACGCAGAUUUCAAAUUAACACUCCAGAGGAAAGCUCAGUAUAUGACUUUAAUUAUUGUUGCAACCACUGUUGUGACCAGUAUGGUGCAUUUGUUUGUAUUAUUACUCCCACAAGACACCGAGAGAGUAAAUUACAGUAUUACAAGCAUGCUGGGCGUUCUAGUUGUGUUAUUAUGGGUCAUCUCGUACGUUCCUUCAAAUGCAAGACCGGUGUCCAUUAUUGUCUAUUAUCAAUUCUCAGAGUUUCUACUCAAUGUCGUUGUUAUGGUGAUAGCUCUUGAUAUCUUUAAAGUAUCCACCUGCAGAACCGAUUCGUGUUUCGGAAAUCUCGUUCCCGUGAAAAAGGCUAAAGUAAGUUCAGAAAAGGAUGACGUAAUUAGACCGGAAAUGACUCAAAGCACAGCUACAGCACGAGAUGUCCGUGUUUCAUCGAUAACCUCGGCCUGGGAUGACGACGAAGUAUUCGAAGAGCCCACAAACGAGACAGACAAAACGGAUCGUUCUAAACAAAUCAUACCGCCAAAAUACAUGUUUUUACUAUUCACGAGUUUGCAUAUUUUAUUCACAAUUGCAUUUUUCGUAUCUCUUGGAAUAAAUCUGGAGUAG